GCCCAACCCCCAACCCAUGGCCGCCGCCGCCGCGGUCGCGGUCGCAGCUGCUGCCGACUGGACCGUCGUCCGACGGCGCGGCCGCCGCAGGGGAAACGCCACGGUCACCACCUCCCACCUCGACGCCCCGCCGCCGCUCCCGUUGACCCCGAUCCCGUGGUCGCCCUCCGACCCAUCCCUCGACCCGACCCGCGUCUCCCGCCUCCUCGACCGCGCCCGCGCCGCGAUCUCCCGGAUCGAGGCCUCCCGCCUCUACCGCCGCCUCCUCCUCCCCGACUCCCCGCUCCGUCGCCGUCUCGCCUCGCUCGCCCCCUCCCGCCUCUCCCUCCUCGGCGUCGGCAGCUUCGAGUCCUCCCCGGCCGCGCGCCUCCAGCUCGCGCUCGCCGCCCUCCUCCGCCGGGACCUCCUCGCGAGCGCCUCCGCCACGGCCGACCUCUUCGACCCCGUCCUCUCCGCCGUCGAGUGCGCCGUCGCCGUCGCCCUCGGCUUCGCCGUCCCGAGCCUCGACGACGGGUGCGGCCGCCGCGUGGAGGAGCCCACCCUCUUCUACAUGCCCCACUGCGAGGCGUCGCUCUACGACGCGCUCCUCGGAGCCAACUGGGAGCCCCGCGCUCAGCUCCGCCGCGUCUGCGUGCUCGGCAACAGCUUCCGGCGGUACGCUCUGCAGGCGGAAGAGAACCGCUCGGGGCCCGCCGCCAAGGCCAAUCUUGUUCUCAAGGCAGCGCGGUUCGCGUGGGAGCAGCGGAUCGACGACGCCGGGGAUGUGGACGAUGAGGACUGGUUCGCCCGUGCGUUCAACGAGACGAGCUGGCAUUUCUUCGAGGUGGACGAAGACGUCGGCCAGAGGACGGAGAUAAGUUCCCAAGCUUUGUCCUUCGAGAAAUUAUCACUGUAACCCAGUGUAUUACGUACUUGAUUCGAGAUGCAUUUGGAGAUUCUGGGUUGGCAUCUUCACAAAAUUUAUCACUGCAAUUCUGUGAUUGUAUACUAGUAUUUGAUUGGAGAUGAAUUCACAGAUUCAUAGUUAGCAUCUGAGCAUAAUUUGUCACUGUAAUUCUAUUAUUGUAUUGCUUGAUUGGAGAUUAUAUUCAAAGAUUCAGAGUUAGCAUCUGAGCAUAAUUUAUCACUGUAACUCUAUGACUGUAUUGCCUGAUUGGAGAUUAUAUUCAAAGAUUCAGAGUUGGCAUCUUAA